AUUCGACAGAACAGGGUCCUUCCUUGGGUGAAUUUAUCUUGAUAACAAUAUCAAAAUGUAUUCAGUGAUAACUUUGAAUCGAAAUUACGUUUGAGGAACAACAGGCCUGAAUAAGUGAAAGGUUUUCAUUGAUUUAAAACGUCGGAUAUAAUGAAGUGGCUGUUGAGCGUCACCGGAAUCUUGACGAUAUGCACGCCACAGCUUGUUCUAUGCCAUACAAUUACCUUGAAGAUGGGGUCAGGUUACCACUGCAUGAACGUUACACAGGCCUUCCAUAAACCCGGAGUUUCUGAUAGAACAGACGUGCUUCCUCAUGACCACUGUGUUCCAUGCUACUUCCCUCAGAACUGUCUGGAUAACAACACGUGUGCCGAGGGGACGUACGGUGUGAGCUGUGAGAAAUGUGACCAUAGGGCGUCCACACCUACAGCGUAUCGUAGAGUUGGGAACCAUUGCGUGGCGUGUAUGUCCGGACCCUGGUCAAUCUUGACCUUCGGUGUGUUUGUCCUCCUCUUGAUCCUGGUCUCUCUGGUCAACGGUUUUAAUGUGUCAGUUUGUACCAAGAUCAAAAUUGUGGUGCACUUCUGUCAAUUCCUGCUGCUGACGUUCAUGCUGAAGAUCACAUGGCCUUCCCUGAUCCCAGAGUCGAUGUCCUUGUUGACCUUUGCCCUCUCCAAUGCCGACUUCCUAGCGAUAAAUUGCCUCUUCCCGAAAAUGUCCACACAACUGAGUUACUACCUGACCUGGAUGUCUUCAUUCCUUUCUCCAUUGAUCAUCAUGGUUUUUAUGAAGUUUGCCGACAAAAGCAUGGGGUUCUGGUUGUCACAGGAGAAGGACCGGAAGCGGAAGGAAAGGCAACAGCGACACCGUUCUAUGUUACGGAGGAUAACGUUCUAUUUACUGGUGGCUACAUACCUGCCCGUAACGCUGUUCGCUGCUCAGAGUAAUAGUUGUUCUCACAACGCCUUUACGGUGUUUGUGAUGGACACAUCGAAGAAUGUCUUCCUACACGACCAGAGUCUGGAUUGUGAUACGUUUGGUAUGUCGACGCUCCAGUUCGUGGCCAUUCUCUCAAUGCUCUACGCCGUGGCUUUCCCUCUGGCCAUCAUCCUGUUCUCGCUGAUACAACGGAAGUGGUCCCUCCUGGAAGACUCGCGCCAAAAGCACGGGUGUGUCUAUGAGUCGUACAAGUCUCGCUACUGUUUUUGGGAAGCCAUUCCGAUGUUUCGGAAAAUAUUCUGCAUCGCCAUGACGGAGACGAACGUCAUAAGCAUAUCUGUACAAGUUAUAAUCCAGAUGGUCAUGACCGGGGGAUACCUUCUAAGUCUCAUUGUCUUACGACCGUACAGCUCAUGCCGUUGGGAGAUAGACGGGAUGAAUAUCAAUCUCAUGCUCGACGUGACAGCCAAUCUCGUGGUGGGUAUUCUGCAGGCCAUUGCCUUGCUGGAGCGUAGAGAAGUGUACGUACCGGAAAUGACGUAUAUAUUCCUCAUGGGUCUGGUGAUCGUUCUCGUCCUGGCUGUGGGAUUGCUUCUUUUCAUACCCAAGGAGCUUAAAGUUAUCAAGGUUGUGUCAAUCCCAGCUGAGGGAGAAGAUGACCCAGGUCAAUCUGGGGGACGACACAGGUUCAAAAACAAAGUUGAACCCGAACCCUCCAGCGAACAAACUAUCAAGACGGCUAAGCAAAACCUGGAAUUUUAGUGUUCAUUGCUGGACUUACAACCACUAGUCUUAGGUUUACUUUUAAAUAUGUUUUGUACAGGUAAUAUCGACAGUUUUUUAAUCUGUAGCACGAGAUAAAACAAAAGCAUGAUGAGUAUUGGACAAUUUUACUGUAUUAAAAUCUUCCAUUCAACAAGUGGUUUCUUCAUUUGUCGAAACUGAUGAUUAUGUUCACAAAUUUAAUGGACACAUUAAUAAAGUUCCCCAGAUUUAUAAAAUAUUACAAAAUACAACAACAGGAAACUACUAUAAAAUAGCAACAUCACAAAUAAAAUUCCUCCCAUCUGCCUGUUUGGUAAUUUCUACCAACACACGGCUUUCCCGUUAAUAAGGGAGAUAAAUCAAGCCAUCACAACAUAAUAAAAUAAUAGUGUACAUUGCACAUUUUAACAAUGAUUUUGUUUCAACAAGCAGUUUGAAUUGUAUAGCUUAAAUCGGAACUAAAUAUAUUUAUAUUUACAAUACUUUAAUAUAAGUACAUGUAGCUUUGAGGACUGGUAAUGAAAAUGUACAGCUUCAUGUAGAUAUUCAGCAUGUUAAGUAUGUUAUUUGAAAUGUGACUGAAUUUAAAUAUAAAGUCAGAUUACUAAAUAUAAAGUCAGAUGACUAAAUAUACAGUAAGAGGACUAAAUAUAAAGUUGCAUGACUAAAUAUAAAGUUGGAUGACUAAAUACCAAGUUGCAUGACUAAAUAUUAAGCCAGAUGACUAAAUAUUAAGUCAGAUGAUUAAAUAUAAAGUCAGAAAACUAAAUAUAAAGUUGGACAACUAAAUAUAAAGUCAGACAACUAAAUAUAAAGUCAAACAACUAAAUAUAAAGUCAGACAACUAAAUAUAAAGUCAAACAACUAAAUAUUAAGUCAAACAACUAGAUGCUAAAUAUAAAGCAAACCAUGAAGUUAGUUUACUGAAGUUAGAUGACUGAAUGUUAGAGGUGGAAGGAAUGCUAAUGAUUGCCAUUUUGAUAGUCACAUACAGUGGAGCAGUAAAAUCAGGUAAGACUCUAAGGAAACUCUAGGAAAAUCACUGUAAAAUACCAAAGAUUCUACAGCCUGAACAGAUUUUUUUUUUAGAAAACUAACCCAUGGAAACAUCCUUCCAUCGCUGUAUGACAGCCACACUUACUCCUAAAACACCUAAUGUUUUAGAAAGCUCGGAGAUAUGAGGAUACAGAGCUCAGCCUCCUUUGUCUUGUGUUUCACCUUAACUAUCAAGUCUGAACUCAGUUUACUCAAAUCACAUUUCAAUACAUUCACAAAACAAGCUGCUUGUAACUUAUAUAUAAUAUUAUAUUCAAUGAAGUGCUGUAAAUCAUCUGAUAAUUGUUUAUGUAACAGGGACUUAACACAAAUUUUGAACCCUGUGGUCCAUAUGUAAGAUUUUACUUCAAUCUGGGCCAACAACAGCGAUUAAUGUAAGUUGAUAUAACUUGUUUCACAAUUGUUGUAAAAUAGAGAAAGUUUACAAUAAAUACGGGGUCAAGGGAUAUAGCAAGUUUCUGGUUUCCCCUAGACCAAGUCUAUUUCCCAAGGUGAAGCUUUGCUUCCUAUUUGCUUUAUAUCCCUCAACCCCAUACUUUAAGCAUUUUAUAAUACCGAUACAGACUGGAGAGAUAUCUUUAACUCAAAAACAUUAGUUAAACACUGGCUGUAUAGGUGUGUCCUAAACACUGGCUGUAUAGGUGUGUCCUAAACACUGGCUGUAUAGGUGUGUCCUAAACACUGGCUGUAUAGGUGUGUCCUAAACACUGGCUGUAAAGCUCUGUCCUAUUUCACAAGACAAACUGAGGGUGCAAGAAUUUGACUUGGCAAAUGAUUUAUCACUGAAGAUAUCCUGGUUCUGUGUCUGAAGAAAGUGUUUUUGUUACCCAUAUCCAUCUUUAUACCUAACUUGAGUCAGAGUAAAAUCUUCUAAAAUGCUUGAUCAAAUUUAAUCAAUCUCACAGCUAUCAAUCUUGUAUUAUAUAUUAUUCCCCUUCAACCCAAAUAAUGUGAAAGAAAGACAACAGAUGCCUUCAACAUUGAUGUGUUCUCCAGUUGUUAUGACCACCUUCGAAAUUGUCAGUAUAGUGCAGGUGUGUUUUAGUUCUGCAUGGGUGUCUUAGUUCUCAGACUAACACACAAGAAAGCAAAGUCAAGGAAGAGGUCGGGAUAUAAUCGAUUUAACAGUUACUUUAAGUAAAUAAAAUAGAGCUAUGUAAAUACAUAAGUAUAUACAUGCUGCAGGGUUGGAAACUUGUGCUAAGUCCGAAAUGUCUGUGUACAUAGCCAUACCUUUAUACUCGCCCCUAUACAAAUUACAGUUUAUCAACAUAAACAACAACAUGAAGACAGCGACAGAUAAGGAGAGAAA